AGCUACAGCAAUGGCACCUACAAUCACUUCAACAGCAGAUUACCCAAAGGAACACCUGAGUCUGAACCUUAAGAUAAGAAAACCCAUUGUGGAGAAGAUGCGCAGGGAUCGCAUUAACAAAAGUAUUGAGGACCUCAAGGAUCUCCUGGGUCCACAGCUCCUCAACCAGCAGCCCGACUCCAAGCUGGAGAAAGCUGACAUCCUGGAGAUGACCGUUUGCCUCCUGCGACGACAGCUCCAGCAUAAGACUCUGCCUUCAUCUGAUGAUGUUCUUCAGGGAUUCUCCACGUGUGCCAAAGAAGAUGUUCACUUCCUGUCAAAAAGUCAUGGAACUGUGCUGAGCCACUUCCGGACCCAGAAGCCGUCCUCUGAUGAGGACAUGCCAGAUCAAGCCCAAGGUUCAACAUGA